AUGGCAUUCAAUUUGGACCAAUUCGUUGACCUCACGGCUGACGGCAAAGGUAUCGUCGUUCCCAUCGAUGAACUCAAAUGCAGUAUUUGUCUCAAUGUCUUCAACAACGCUGUGGACACGCGAUGCGGACACAUCUUCUGCGACCACUGUCUCCGGGAAUGGCGUUCAAAACCCGGUCCGGCAGUCAAACGCUGUCCUCAAUGUCGGGAAGCAUUGACCGCAACGAAGCGGACACGAGAUAUGACGGCCAAUGAGAGCGAUAUCGGAGAUGUGGUGAAAGCGAAUCGCGAUCUCAACCGUAUUAUCGGUCGCUUGAGAAUCAAAUGCCAGUACGAGUGGAACGGAUGUAAUGAAAAGAUUCAAUUGGAGUCAAAGGCCGCGCAUCACAACAAUUGUAAGCACCGGUUGUGCCGCAAGUGUGGCCAUCCGGCGGGUGAGAGCGCCGGUCAGCACAACUGUAUUGAGCUGUUAGUCAAAGACCGCAAAGUAUUUAUGGAAUACAGCAACGAAUGGAAGCAUAAGUUUGAAGCCGUCGUCAAAGAGAAGGAAGAGAUUAAAGAAAAGUUGGCCAAAAUGUGUGCCAAUUGUGUUGACUCGAUAUCACUGACAUUUGACCACAUGAUAGACGUUAAGGAGAUAUUUGUGGGCAAACAUCGGUUCACAGAUUUGAAGAUGCGUUUGCGUGACGAUGGCAUCACUCUAUGGAAUGCCGAGCAUUACACCAAUCAGUGCUCAAGAGUUUAUAUGUCGGUCAGGUAUGCGGAGCUCCAGAGUCUGGCCAUAUGUGCGGACAGUUCGCUACCACUUCUGGUCAUUAAACCCGUCGGCGCGAAGACCCUCGAGAUCGCCAAAAGUUUGUCGAUAGACAGCCAUGUAUUUGACGUCAAUUCAAACGAUAAGAGUCUCAACACAAUUGUGAUUGUAUUGAACAAUGAAUGGAUACAAUUGUUGACAACAUUAGUCCUCUAUAGCUGUCAACUAAAGAACAGUCGGUCGGAGUGUAUGAGAAUCGAUGCGAUCGAAGGACGAGUUCUAUUGGACAACCGCUCCGAGACAUACGGCUAA